AUGAAGACCAAACAUCAGUCCCACCUUCCUCAGGUCAAACAUGAUGCCUCUCUUCUCUAUGAAUUGGAUUUGACCUCUCCAAGUCAAGUACAAGCUGAUCGUUCCGAGAGGAACAAAAAGGAAAAUACAAAGUUUGAAGCCACUCCCUUUGAUGAAAAGAUUAAAAAGAAUUCAAAGAUGAAAUUACUCAUUAACUCAAUCAAGGCUAGAUGGAAAUUACAUUUAAAUAAUUUACCACUGAAUAAUAAUCUUUCUAGAAAUUCAAAUAAUAGUGAUGAUAAUGAUGAAGAAACAGUCCAGGAUGAAUUAAAUCAUCAUGAACACUAUGAAGCAGAAACAUCAUCUACGGUUCCGAAAUUUAUUCAAGUAUCGAAUUUUUACAGGAACCAACUUUCAAAAAACAUUUCUGAAUUUGAAAACGAAAAUCCUGUUGGAUAUUUCUUUUCUUCACAAUGUAAGAAGAAUCUCAUAACUUCCAAGUUACCUGAAUCAAAACCUAAAGAAAAUUAUACAAUGAGCAAUCCUUUUGGCCACAAUGCGAAUAGAGGCAAAAAAGAAAAGAAAAAGAUUGAUCAUAUUAAAAACAAGAUGGCUGGAUGGGGCCAAUUUUCGAAAUGGAUGAAUUUUAACUUGGAAAAGGUUAUGCCAUGUAGAUGCCAUGCAUGUGAAUUUGAGAGAUUUGAAAAACGGUUUGAUCCUACUCGUGUGAAGGUUAUCCUUUUAGUGGAUUUUGAUAGUUGGGCAACAGAUGAAUUGAGUUUGGAUUUUCAAAAGUUAAAAAAUGUUGGAAUUACUAAUGAGGACAUUUCACAUAUGUAUUUAUGGUGCUUUUAUAAUGGAUACAUUUAUGAAAAGGGAAUGAAAAAAGAUAACUCUAAAAAUGUAUUUGAUUGCUAUAAUUUCAUUAUGGAUAAUGAUGAUUCAAGUUCAUCCAAAGAAGAAACAAAGGUCAAGGAGCAAUACAGAGAAUUAAGAAAGCAGUAUCAACAUACAAUUUUGGGUUCAUUUGAUUCGAUAGGCAAUUUGCAAAUGUCACAAUCCAAUUUACAACCUCAAUCUGCUGAUUUGGCAAUUCUCUCCACUUUAGAAUAUUUAUGCAACAAAUUCUCAACACAAAACAAUCCUCCAAAAAUUUGUGUUAUCACUCGAGAUCGAGAAUUAUCAAACACAUCUAAGUGUCUCAACAGUUCUCUCAUUCACACACCAUUCGGCACUGUUAAUUAUGUCUUUAAGAAGGCUAAAAAAUUGAUUUGA